AUGCCUACCUUACCUGAGGCUAGUAUCCGCCCCCCAGACAAAACCCGCUUCACCAAGCCCCCAAAGAAAUCCACAACACCACACCCUAUCUGGCAUCCCGAAAGGCCAACCAUGUGCUGCCCGGUACCGGCCGAGCGGUCCCCGGCACUCGGCCGCGCCGCUGCCGUCAUGUCAUCAUGUUCAGCCUCCUCCCAGGAGCGCCGUCGAGCAAAUCCCUAAUCAAAAACAGGCAAUCCGAGCCCAUCCCAUUCAACCUAUCACCGUCUCCAUCGUUCUUAUCCCCGUCUUCUCCAACCCCAUCCAUUACAUCACACAAUUCUCACCCACCAACCCACCAACCUAUUCCGUCUUUUACUUACCCAACUAGCAAAACCAGUCCCCCUUUUCACCGCCAUUAUUUCAACAUCGUCAACAUCUUGCUGGUCGUAUUCUCUUUUUCCCCCGUUUUUCGGGAAAUCAUUUCCCCUCACCCCCCCCCCUCUUUUUGCCUCUCCCGACCCCAGAAACCGAUGGCGAUCCCCGAUCCAUCCCGCAUUUCUUUUCUUUUCUUAUUACCCCAAGCAAAAAAAAAAAAAAAAAAAAUGGUUUCCCCGCUCCCCAGACCCAAACACCCCAGGAUCUCAAGCCUAACCCCCCGCAUUAUCUCCGUGUUUCUCCGCUUAUUUCCAGCUACAUGACUUCGCAGAAGAGAUCCACAUGCCUCGGUGGUCUCCACAACAGCAACCACGAAUGUGGAAAUCCGGUGAUGAGCGAGCGGACGGGUGCGUGGGCUGUGGGAACACACAGCAGGAGCAUGCAAAGUCUCCAUGAUAGUUGUAUUGUGGGAUUCCCACUCCAUUGAGCGACUUGUGCCAACGGCUGCAGGAGAGUCGGUCAGUCUAGUUCUGCAUGGUCAUGAGAUCAAGACCAGCCUCUGCUGGCUACAUUCAAAACAGGCUUUUGUAAAGUAUGUUUUGCUUGCAUUGGACACACAAAUAUCUACAUGUAAUGUCAAACCGCAAAGGUAAACUGGAAGCCAAAAGUUGAAUACAACGCCGAGAACCCAACCUUUUUGUAUGGCACAAAUACACAUUGUUGAACAUCGUCGUAGGAAAAAAGAGGACAUUGAACCUAUUUUGAAAUCCAAUAAAAGACAGACACACCUAAAUUCCAAAAUACAAA